AUGGAAACUAGUAGCAAGAAACGAUUAGCAACAAUUAAUGAUGAUAAUCAUAGUUCAAAUUUAAUGAAUCAUACUAAAAAGAAGAAAAAAACAUCAUUAUCAUCAUCAUUAAAUAUAAAUGAAUCUCCUAUUGCUGGUACACGAAUUACUGAAUGGGAAGAAUAUGAAAAAUGGAAAGAAAUACGUGGUGAUAUUGAACCAACAAUGAAUUAUGUUGAAAUAACACCAGAAGCAAUUGAAGAAUUACGUAAAAUAAAAAAUAUUAUUGGUGAUUAUAUUUGUCAAUUAUGUAAAGUUAAAUAUGAAAAUGCUUUUGCACUUGCUAUGCAUAAAUGUCCGCGAGUUGUGCAUAUUGAAUUUCGCUGUCCAGAAUGUGACAAAACAUUUAAUUGUCCUGCCAAUUUGGCUUCACAUCGUCGUUGGCACAAACCACAAACAUCAUUAUCAUCGAAUGAAACAGCAAAACAAACACCAUCAUCAUCAUCAUCAUCAACUCAAAAAUCAAUAACAAAUAAACAUCCACGAUGUUCAUCUCGUUCUGAUUCUCGUUCAACAAAUACUUCUUCAUCAAUAGUUUCAGAUACUGUUCAUGAAUAUGCAUCUCUUUCAGCAUCAUCACCAAAUAUGGAUGUACGAAAAAAAGAUUCUAUUAUCUCAAAUGGAACACAUAAAAAAUCUCCUGAUGAAAUCCUUCGAACUAUGUACAAUGGAAAUUCACAAUGGAUGGUACCUUCAUCAUUUCAACCAUUCACAACUUCACAUAUGAAACCACCAUUGAUUUUUCGACAUCAUCGAUCUUUACCUAUGUCAAUUCCAUCAUCAUUUGAUUUUCGUCGAUUACAAUCAUUGUGUAUUUUUUGUCAUGAACAAUUUUCUGACCUUAAUCAUUUACUUCAACAUAUUCGAAAAAAUCAUGCGGUGACAUCCAGUACAAAUACCAAGAAUACUACUUUAACAUUAGACAAAAUAGUCUUUUAA